UUCCCCCAGCUGGUUGGAAAAAAGCUUGACAGAAGAGGAUAGACCGGUGGAUGUGUCUCAACGUGACUGUUUACUGAUAAAAUAACCUUUUUAUAUUCGACGCUGUAUGUAUUUCUAUACGUGAAAAGAGGCGGUGGGACCGUAUCUAUCCCGUCGGGAAACCGAGUAGCGUUUUUCGUCGAAAUAAAUCCUCAUUUUUGUUUAAUCCAGUUGAUCAGACGUGUUGUUGAUUUCAUCUCGCCGAGCCGACUGUCUAGUCAUUUUUUCCCUGAUAAAUAAGAGCGAUCUCUGUGGAUUAAAUUGAACUACAAAUACGAUGAGUACCUUGAAUUCUGUGGAUCGAGUUGAACUGUGCGACAGCCUUUUAACAUGGAUCCAGACGUUUGGAUUGGAGGCACCAUGCAGAACAGUGGACGAUCUCACAAGUGGGAUCGUCAUGGCCCAGGCCCUACAAAAAAUAGACAUUGUGUAUUUCACUGACAACUGGAUCAGUAGGAUCAAGCCCGAGGUGGGAGAUAACUGGCGGCUAAAGAUCAGUAAUCUAAAGAAGGUGUUGAAAGGUAUACUGGACUACAACCAGGAGGUCCUUCAACAGCAGAUCAAUGACUUCACCCUGCCAGACAUCAACCUGAUAGGAGAACACUCAGACGCUGCAGAGCUGGGCAGGAUGCUGCAACUCAUACUAGGCUGUGCUGUCAACUGUGAACAGAAACAAGAAUACAUCCAGACCAUAAUGAUGCUGGAGGAAUCUGUUCAACACGUUGUCAUGACAGCCAUUCAAGAGCUAAUGAGCAAAGAGUGUCCUGUAAUGGGAGGAAACGACUCGUACGCUGACAUCGAUAGACAGCUGAAGAAGACGGUGGAGGAUUUGAACGAGGCUCUAGCCACCAAGGAGGAGAUCGCACAGAGAUGUCACGAGCUGGACAUGCAGGUGGCAGCGCUACAGGAGGAGAGGGGUAGUCUCCUGGCUGAGAACCAGAUCCUCAUGGAGCGUCUCAACCAGUCUGACUCCAUAGAAGACCUGAACAGCCCUGUAGGACGUAGACACCUGCAGCUGCAGACACAGCUAGAACAGCUCCAGGAGGAGACCUUCAGGCUGGAGGCAGCGAAGGAUGACUAUCGUAUCCGCUGUGAGGAGUUGGAGAAGGAGCUGACAGAGCUGAGAGGACAGAAUGAAGAGCUCACCUCCCUGGCUGACGAGGCCCAGACACUGAAGGACGAAAUGGAUGUACUCAGACACUCGUCAGACAAGGUGUCCAAGCUGGAGGUCAUGGUGGAGUCGUAUAAGAAGAAGCUGGAGGACCUGGGAGAUCUGAGGAGACAGGUCAAGCUGUUGGAGGAGAAGAACACUCUGUACAUGCAGAACACUGUCAGUCUGGAGGAAGAAGUACGCAAGGCCAACACCACGAGAGGACAGCUGGAGUCCUACAAGAGACAGGUGGUAGAGCUGCAGAACAAGCUGUCUGAGGAGUCUAAAAAGACAGACAAGAUGGAGUUUGAAUACAAGAGACUCAAGGAGAAGGUGGACUCUCUCCAGAAAGAAAAGGAUCGGAUGAGGUCAGAGAGAGACUCCCUAAAGGAGACCAUUGAGGAGCUGCGUUUUGUUGAGGCUCAGGAAGGACAACUGUCUACAGGCAUGGUUCCACUCGACAGUAACGAGGGCUCUGAUUCGCUGGCUGCAGAGAUCGUCACCCCAGAGAUCCGGUAUGAUUUGUUGAGUCCCCAGACAGUCCCCAGAAAUCUAGCAUUUUUCUGUUGUUUUGAACUACCCCACAUCACACUGAUGUGUUAUCUGCUGUCAUACUUUCUAAACAUUUCAAAGAUUAGUACUCUGUUUCCGUUUCCGUUAAAAUACGCUAAACCAAUUAGACCUCUUCUUCUCUGGCCGCUUCCCCUCUGGUCGGGUCUUCUGGUCUUAUUAAGUAUAGUUAAACAAACAAACAGACAUGGUGACUGUGUGUGUUCCAGACUGGUGAACCAGAGACUGAUCGAGGGUCAAAGUCAGGUGGAGGAGCUGCAGAGGAGUCUUCAGGAACAGGGCUCCAAAGCAGACGAUUCAAUCAUUCUGAAGAAGAAAAAUGAUGCUCACAUGGAGAAGUUAAGGGAAGUGAACAGUGAACUGCAGAAGAAGUGUGCGCACAUCGAUGACUUGGAGCCCAAGUACACCUCUAGUUCCCAGAAAGUAGAGGAACUGGAAGAGGCGUUAAAGAAGAAGGAUGAAGACAUGAAGCAGAUGGAGGACAGAUAUAAGAAGUACCUGGAGAAGGCGAAGAGUGUUAUCCGGACCCUGGACCCUAAGCAGAACCAGGGCUCGGCACCAGAGGUCCAGACCCUGAAGAACCAGCUGCAGGAGAGGGAAAGGAUGCUGCACUCUCUGGAGAAAGACUACGACAAGACCAAGGCUCAGAGAGACCAGGAGGAGAAACUCAUAGUGUCUGCCUGGUACAAUAUGGGCAUGGCUCUCCAGAAGAAGGCAGCAGAGGACCGUCUGGCCAGUACGGGUUCCGGACAGUCCUUCCUGGCCCGCCAGAGACAGGCUACCAGCACACGCCGCUCCUACCCCGGAUACCCGGGACCCCAGUCCGCCACCGCCAGGUAGACAGGGUGCCGUGACUCUUCAUCCCGACCUUUGACCUCCGACCCUUCCAGGCCAGGUACCACCACGGCCAGUGAUGACAUUACAUGACCAGCGCAGGCAGGGGUGAUGGGCGGGUGCAUGACCAUGGCUUAAUAAUGAGUCGAGCUGAAAAUAACCCUUCAUCAAUUCAACACUAACCCUCAACUCUAACGGAGGACGGGCCGGGCGGGCGGGCCCAGAUUAUGCCCAGGACUGGGGGGGGUAAGGGCUCUCUACAGACCGAGACGGCGCCGCCCUCUCAGAGGCCACCCUAACCUACCGCCCCCCUCCUCCUCCUCCUUCCUUCACAGACCUGCAUCUGCUUGCGAACCUCUAUCGUCAUGACAUACUCUGAGACAACAACAGUCGUCUCUGGUGGGGUAACGGGGAGAGCUGGAGCUAGGGCUGGGGAUAAACAAAACAAAAACAUUUGAAAGAUUCUUCAUGCUGUGUCCAAGGUCAAAGAAACCUCUUGUUCUAAAUGUGUGGUGCAAAGCGAGGACUACAUGGAAGACAGUGUUAUUCUUAGUGACCGGAUGGUUUUCUGUAGACUUUGACAAUGACGAUGAUCAAGCGACUAGCAACACUGUACUGUAAACCUGGUGUGUAUCUGUUGGGUGUUCCACCCACUUCUCUCUCUUUGUGUUUCACUGGGUCUGAGAGGAAAAGAGCAAUAUCAUCAUUUAUUUCACAUGAUCCUCUAAUCAAAUGUGUAUAUACUGAGUGUACAAAACAUUAGACUCUGGACUCUACAAGGUGUCGAAGCCGUUCCACAGGGAUGCUGGUCCAUGUUAACUCCAAUACUUCCCACUGUUGUUCCAAGUUGGCUGGAUGUCUUUUGGGUGGUGAACCAUUCUUGAUCCACACGGGAAACUGUUGAGAGUGAAAAACCCAGCAGGGUUAAAGUUCACGACUCAAACCGGUGCGUCUGGCACCUACUAAUGUUCAAAGGAACUUCAAUAUUUUGUCUCGUCCAUUUCACCCUCUGAAUGGCACACAUACACAAUACAUGUCUCAAUUGUCUCAAGGCUUAAAAAUCCUUCUGUAACCUGUCUCCUCCCCUUCAUCUACCCGGUGUCCCAUGUCUAAAUCAGGCCCUGGUGUCCCAUGUCUAAAUCAGGCCCUGGUGUCCCAUGUCAAAAUCAGGCCCUGGUGUCCCAUGUCUAAAUCAGACCCUGGUGUCCCAUGUCUAAAUCAGACCCCGGUGUCCCAUGUCUAAAUCAGACCCCGGUGUCCCAUGUCUAAAUCAG